AUGAAAAGCAAGCUAGAAUUAAGACUGGAGACAAACAGAAAUGACGUACUGAAAGAAUGUCUUACAGACUUAAUAGACGGCUUAGAUAUAUCUAUAGAGUCAAAUGCCAUAGUAGUAAAGCUAGAAGAAGAAGGAAGACUAAUUAAAAAUGCACAUAUUCUGGUGACAUAUACGAAUUAUAUAUUAAAGACAAUUAACCAGCUUGAACAGUUCAAUAAUUAAAUCUAG